GAGGCUACAGGCUAGAGGAAAUUGAAUUGCAGGAAGCAUUUUGUUGGAAAGGCAAAAGGUGGAAGCCCUUCGUUGGCUACCUAUGCAUCAGGGUGAAAGGCGGGCCAGCCUGUUCAUCAUCAUUCAGGGCACAGACCUGGAUGCGCCGCGGGCUAAUCAACUUAGUAUGUGUCAGCUGAGUGCAUGCAGCAAGCCCUGAAGCCACGUGAAAUCCAUAGAAAGGGGCCACCAUACAUUCGAGAUCAUUUCACGGGUCGCUCAAGGGGGGACCACUGCAAUUCCUCUGGUGGUUCCCCCCAUCAGCAUCAGAUGCCAGAGCAACAAACGAAAGUUUAGGUCCCGGUGCCUGGGGUUGCUCGCUCGAUCCAGACUCUUCAUUCUGAAAGCUCUCACAAUGUCGCACCAAUGGCCUACGUCCGCUCUGUCUCGGAUCCGGGUCACGACGUACGGCAAUGUCGGUCUAAACUUGGCGAGCGUGUUCCUGGGGGGGUUUGCUGCAAGUGGGGCUGUGGCAGAGAAAUGCUCGAGCGGGUUGAGUACGGCGGCAGCAUUGGUUUGUGGGGGGGGCGGGAUCGCACUUGUGUGGCUGCUGGGCGCAGGAUGGGCGCAGGCAUCGGCAGCCGCAGCUGUAGUCGGGCGGACGGCGUCUGGACCGAACGAGGUUGAGCAGCCGUCCGACAGGAAGCUACGACGGAAACGGUACAACCGGUGGCUCGCCUGGGCUCGCAGCGGGUUCCUCGUAACCGCCCUCCAAACCGUCCUCGCCGCCCUGCUCUCCUACCAGCUCGCGCGCGCUCUCCAUACGAACUCCCUCGAUUCCUCUGGUUGUCCCUCCCCCUCCAAACCGGGACACAACGCCUCGCUCCUCCCGCUAACCGUGAUUCUAACCUUAACCGCGUGGUUAGGGGCGAUUCUCCCCUGCGUAAUGGGUCACGACGUCCUUAACUGGCGGUCGUUAUACGAGAUGCAAGAUAUGGCCUGGCGGGCGCACUAUCACGAGGUGUUCGACCGCAAUAUAAGGCAGAUGAUGUGUUGCUUGGGGCGGAUACGCUAUUGGAAGGCGUCGGAGGACGAUGAAAUCAACGCGGUCGCGGCGUUGACGGCAGACAUUCUGGCGUACCGCGCGAAGGGGGCUACUCACCUGGACCUUUUAGCAGGGCUCAACCUGAUGCGCGCUAAGACGCCCGAGCAAUACAACUUCGAGAACCUGUCCCAGCCGCCCGUUGUCGUUCUGCAAGAAGCGGCAUUCCUGCAGCCGUUUGCGGUGGCGGCAUACACGGGCCCGGUUCUCGACGUGGGCCGGAACCCGUUUCUAUUCUGCUGCACCUGGACGUACCGGCAGGGCGUGCUGACUCCGUGGAACAAAUCACGGUAUCCAGUACUAGAAGGCGACAACCUGAUCCGUGGUCACGCGGCAGCCUUUCUACGGUACAUACGCCUGCCGCCAGAGUGCCUGCGCAAGGGGCGAGUGAAGCAGAAGCGGCAUUGGGAAGCUGCCUACUUCGUGGUCGUCGUUCCGGAACAUCGCUGCGUCGUCGUCGCCGUGCGAGGCACGGAAACGCCGGAAGACGUCCUCACGGACGCGCUCGGGAGGGAGGUGGAACUGGGAGAGCACGACCUGGGGGGCCUCUCACCGGCCUGGAGUAACAAGGACCUGGCUCAAGAGCACAAGCCCCCGAGCGGCAAGAAGCGCUUCGCACAUAAGGGAGUGGUCAUCGCCGCGCGCGAGCUCGCUUAUCAGUUGGACGGGAUGCCGUAUGACGACGACGUUCAUGCGCCGCACAGGGACAGUUUGGGAGGGGAGACGGAACGGGGGGCCAAACGCGGGCUGCUGAGCGAGUUGCUGGGACCUGGCGGGGAAUGCGAGGGCUACUCGCUGCGGUUUGUAGGGCACUCGCUGGGGGGGGGCAUCUCGACCGUGACAGCUCUCCGGCUGCGGCCGCGGUUCCCGCAGCUCCACGUGUUUGCGUUCAAUACCAUCCCGUCGCUGGACCAGGAGACCGCGGACGCGUGCUCCAAGUUUGUGACCAGCGUCAUCUACAACAAUGACUGGGCGUCCCGCAUCUCCGUGGCCUCCGUGAUGCGCCUGCGCGCCGCGGCUCUCCGCGCCCAAUCUGCCGAGGCGGCCCGUCAGGCGUCGGAGGAUACAGGCAAGCGCUCCGGCCCCUCCCUUCCCGCACCCGUCAGCAGUUCGACUCCUGCGAGUGGUAACGGUAAUGGUCUCGCUAAAGAGAAGGGCGGGCUUGGCGCAGAACCAAGAAGUACGGCUAGUAAUACUGGUUUAGAACAGGUUAAGAUCUGGGCGAUCCGGAACGGGGGCCCGGCGGGGCGCGGGCGCAGGAGAGCGCGACACAUGGCAGGCAUCGGGUGUUUGUGCGCGCACCUGACGUCAUGCGUGUGUCACAUGGCGACGGACAAGGACACAACGAAGGGGCGGGGCGUGAUCCGCAGCGCGCGGGAGCUGCACAAGGCGGGGCUGGACAUCCGGGGGGAGAUGCGGAAAUCUCUAGAGGGUCCGCCGGGCCGGGAGGGGCUAGCGAAUCUUGCGGAAGUCGGGAGCGAGAUGGAACGGGGCAUCAGACAAGACGGAAGUGGAACGGACAAAGAAAGAGGACGGGAGACGGUGGCGAACGGAACUGGUCACAGUUCUGGUUCGGACGAAUCGGUUUUGGUUUCUGAAGGGCUAACGAAGCCUUCCAGAAAAGCAGCAGGGGAUGAGAACGGCAGUUCUCAUCGACGCCCUGAUCCGGACAACGGCGCACAAGCCGAGACACAAAAAGGGAAGCCGUCUCGGGCUGUCUCUUUCGCGGACCGGACCCCGGAUUUGAAAAGCGGACAGGUUCAGAAUCGAUUCAGCGCACAGAUAACGACCAAACCGGGAAGUCCGGAAGCGGAGUCAGUAAGUUCGGCACGGGUCGGGCAACCGGGGAAGGGGGCCGGGGGGGUGGGUGGGGACUCGGGGAAAAGCAGCGAAAGUAUAGACGGCGGUGCGGAGGUUGACGGGGUCGCUCAAUCAGCGGCAGGUUCCGGGGGUUUUGGCAACAACCCCAUGACAAACGGGUUGCAACCCAAAAAGGAGCCGGUUGACGUUCGGAGGCCGCCAAGCGCCGAAGCGGACACAUUUGCUGCGUCAAGCAGCGGAGGGAUCCGAACAGAAUCUAUGAACCCUGAAGACCCGGUUGUUGCUAAUCAGGUAGAAGGAAGGUUUGAGGGGGAGCCUGGUUUGCUAAACCGUGCUGAUAACCCCCAUCCAGGCUCGGCUGCUGAUGCUCAGUCUCGUCGCCUGGAUGCAGGCCCGAGCAGCAGUUUGCUCGCCGCCACUAGUCCCGACUCCGUAGUCAUCGAGGUCUCCCAGCUGGAGCGCAAAGCCCGGAACCCGGACCAAACCCGCCACAGUUACGACCUAACCCCCGAGGUGAAAUCCAGGGGAGGAGAGCCCGAACCGCCAGACGGGGAGUUCGUCGGACCGUCCGACGAGCACCGAGACCGGACGUCCGAAGAGGGGAUCCACGAACAGAUCGGGAGCAACCACAUGGAUGACAGCGCGUACCCCCGAGAACUUUUCGUGCCCGGAACAAUCGUGCACGUGAUUCGGGUUGAGGAAGGGGGUUACUGGCCGACCCCCCGGUUUGGGAAGUGGAAGCACCGGGCGGUUGUGGUGGACCGGUCGUCGUUGCGGGAGAUGCCGAUCCAUGCGUCCAUGUUUUUGGACCACCUGCCCUGGAGAUUGCAAGGCGCGCUGAACGAGCUGCUGGAGAUAGCCAAGCUUGAGCCGCCUCCCUUUGGCUUGCGGCUCCCUUCCUGGUUCAAGAAGACCAACAAUGGAGUCGCUGCCCGCCAGACCUGUUUGCCCGUCGGUCCCUCUCCUUAACUUAAGCAAGUGGCAGCGGUCCCUUGUUGUUGAGAAACGCAGCACGAGAAAAUAGCAAAGGUCACCACCAUUAAAAAACCUCACAGAUACUCGAGCAUGACAGCACGAUGCUGGAGGCUAAUACAGAACCUUUUACGGGUGCAGUACUCUGGAUUAUGAAUCAAUUUAGAAAAUCGAAGUUUCCCCCUCGAUGCGUGAGAAAGCGCCUGCUCUUGGGCUCACCGGCGGUCGAUGUG